CAUCUCCCGGUCUCCUUUGUUCCGUCACCGCGGUUUUCCUUUCUCUAAUACGAUUUAUGAACUCUCCCAAUACAAUCAUGGACGUGGAUAGUAAUAGUGUCGACGAUCGGGCUCGACGAGCCACCAGUGUAUUGUCAAUGGACGACAUCGAAGCCGCGCAGGCGCUUGAGGGUCUCCGUUCAGACUUUGCAUACACUCCUCCUUCUCAUCCUCCUGCUCUAUCGCAGUCGCAUCCUCAACAGAUUACCUCCCCCGCUUCCCAAUCUGAUCAGUCGCAGGCCGAACCAUUGAUAUCUCUUUUGACUUCUACACAUCCGUUGAUAUCAUCUGCUAUCAACAGUUCCAUGUCCGCAUAUACUUCUUCAAAAUCAUAUUCAUCGCGUUUCAAGUACGGUGCUGAGUUUCUCGAGCGCAACAUCGGCUCACCCGUUGCCAAUACAGUCGGCACUGUUAGUCGCAAGACCGGUGUGGAAGGUGGUCUCCGAUGGGCACUUCAGCGCAGGGACACGAACGAAUCAACUGAUCGAAAUAAGCGGCGGAAAACGAAUCCUACUUCUGGUGAGGUAGACGAGAAUACAGAUCUCGAGAAGGCUUUGCCUCCCAUGAGCGAGAUGAAUCGCAACCGCUCGAUCUCGGAAACGUCUUAUUCGGAGACUCUACCCCCUUACGAUGAUCAGAAAUCUCCGAAUUACGAAGAGAUCCAGCAACAUGAUCAACCAUCGAAUAACAACGCAGAACAGAACAAAACAUGGCAGAGCCGGCUCAUGAUUUCAACAUCUGGACUCGGUGUAGCAAUGAGCGAAGAGUCCCUCCGCAGAUUGACUUAUUGUUUAAAGUGGCUCAAGUGGGCGAACGGCCGACUCAACUCGGCUGUACUGGCUCUAAAGAGUAUGCUGGAAAAAUGGGAAGAAGAGAAGCAGAAGAAUUUGACGGACGAGAACUCAUCGCAGAACCGUGCAUUACUGCUGCAACAUAUGCAGGCCGUCAAAGAAGAUGUGUUGCGCACACUCAAGCAAGUUGUAAAUAUUGUUUCCAAAUACACAGGCGGAGCCCUACCGGAGAACGCGGGAACCUUAGUGCGCAGCCACCUUAUCUCCUUGCCUCAACGAUUCAAAAUCGCAUCGACAUCCACAACACCUUCGGACUCUACUACAUCCAGCUCCGAGGAAGCGUCUAGCGCACAUCGCGUUCUUGUACUUGCUCAAGAGGGACUCGAAAUGAUGUCACAGGUCCACCGAGUCGUGGACGAGACUUUGGUCAGUGCACAAACGUGGUGUGAACGACUUGGUCGUAAACUUCCAGAUCUCAAAAACGAUGAGUCGCACGGAAACCCGCCAGAAACUGCGCCGAAGAGUAGCCCUCAAUACACGCAGCAUGGUCAGACAGCAGUUUUCUCUGAUGUCAAACAGCCAAUUGUUGAUACUUCAAAUGUCGAUGUUGAAAUGACGGGCACUGAUGCUGUUUGAUAUGCUAGCAAUCACAGGGGGAAGUUGAAGAGUACAUGCAACGUCCAGUCAUUACUUUCCUUCUGGUUAUAUAUUUUAUUUGACAAGCACGGUUUAUCUGUCAGACUAUUUCCUAAACUACAACUGAAUGUUUCGAAGUCUUCUAUGUAUGGAAGAAUAACCAGCAACAAAAAGAAAUAGGCUCGAAAUCUGUGACUCUCUUGCCUUUUGCAUUCUUUCAUUAUGUUUCUUUGAUCUCGUUGAUAUCUUUCUUGUUUGAUUAUACUCCCCAUUAGUCUCGAUUUCUUGUCUAUAACUGCUCAUGGUUGCUAUUAUAUAUAUUAAGAGAUAUCAGGCGUACUAUCUCGGCUUUUUUAUUUCAAUCGAAUUGAAUUCCCUUACG